UCUCCCCCCUCACUACUGACGUCAUCUCUUCCCCCACCGUCAACCCUCCUCCCAUUCAUUCCGCUCGUCUUGAUUCCCCUCCUCCUGCUAGUAGCAUUUAGCAGCACAUGGACAACGCUGAAACGUACGAUAGAGGUUAGAAUGUCUUCAAGGCACAGACAGUUUGCGAGAGAUUUGUGAUGAUGGACCACACUUCAAGUUGCAACUUCCAUAGAUCGAUUAAUAUCUUCAUGUUAUUUAUUAAUCGCAUACUCUCUUUUUAUGUAUGAGAAUAGAUGUACUCCUAGAAAUUUACAACCGUGUAUUUAGGUGUGCAAAUAAUUAGGUACAUAUAUUCACACAAAACCUACCAUCUUUAAUUAAAAUUAUCAUCCUCUUUAUUAUUUUGCGGUACAUUUAUCAAUAAUAUUAUGAAAUAACGACCGAUGAUGAUUUGGAUGAUUUCUUAAGAUGAUAAAGAGGAGAUGAUAUUUUUCGAUUCAAGGGGUUGGCUUGAUUCGGACUGUGAAGAUGAUUUCAUGAGCGUCGAUGGUGAAUUUACGCCGUCGCGAGGAACAACACCGGUCCAUCACAAAUUCUGCGACCAAACUUCUCAAGGAGAGGAGAAAACCAAUGGAGAAGAACAGUCUGAUCCUAUCGAUAACAAAAAGAGACUCCUCGAACUCUUCAAAGAGACGCAAGACGAGGAUGAAGAGGAAGACAAUUACGUGGCGGAAGGCAAAUCAAGAGCCUGUCUCUGGCUAAGAACACCGGUUAGAUCUUCUGCCCCGGCCACUCCUUAUAAUAACAACAAAGAAAGACAACUAAAGCUCAAGAGGGUGAGAUCCGCUGCUCACGGUGGCUGCGUUCCGCGUUUGGUUUCCUGUAGUAGCUUCACUGAUCGCCGACGGAAUCUGAUGACUCAUGCCCCCAUUGACGUCCAACGCUAAAACGACAAAACAAAAGAAGAAGCAAAAAAAAACUUAAAUAUUAAAUUACUAUUCAUUUUAUACAGAAUAUGUUUCUUAAUUUGUCUUUUAUUCUUGUUUUUCCAAAGAAUCGAACAAUAUAAUGUUCUUUUUUCAGCUCAUAUAUAAUGCUAGCUUAUGACAGUUGGUAAUGCA